AUGCUGCUGUCGGACUACAUCCGCCUCCUGCCGCAGGACGACCGCGGCGAGGGCGGCCUCUACGACGAGGAGGACCUGGCGCGGUGCUGCGACCGCGUCGAGCUCGUCGACUUCCACCAGGUCGUGGAGCACGAGGGCAUCCGCUUCUGGUCCUACAACGCGGGCCACGUCCUGGGCGCGGCGAUGUUCAUGAUCGAGAUCGGCGGCGUCCGGCUGCUCUACACGGGCGACUACUCCCUCGAGGAGGACCGGCAUCUGGUGCCCGCGGAGGUGCCGACGCUCGAGCCCCACGUGCUCAUCAUGGAGAGCACCUACGGCACGCAGAAGCACGAGAGCCGCGACGUCCGGGAGGCGCUGUUCACGUCGACCAUCGAGCGCAUCGUGCAGCGCGGCGGCCGCUGCCUCAUCCCCGUCUUCGCUCUCGGGCGGGCCCAGGAGCUGCUGCUGAUUUUAGACGAGUACUGGAAGGAGCGCGAGGACCUGCAGCGCGUGCCCGUCUUCUACGCCUCCAAAAUGGCCUCGCGCGCGCUCCGCGUCUACCAGACCUACAUCAACAUGAUGAACAUGCACGUGCGCGACCAGAUGGACAUCUCCAACCCCUUCAAGUUCGACCACGUGCAGAACCUCGCGUCCAUCGACGACCUCGACGACUCGGGGCCCGUCGUCGUCCUCGCGGCGCCGGGCAUGCUCCAGUCGGGCGUGAGCCGCCAGCUCUUCGACCGCUGGGCGUCGUCGGAGCGCAACGGGGUCGUGAUUGCGGGGUAUUCGGUCGAAGGCACUCUAGCAAAACAGAUCCUCAGCGAGCCCGACGAGGUGAAGACGCAGGACGGGCGGACGCAGCCGCGGCGGUGCACCGUCGUGUCGAUCUCGUUCAGCGCGCACGUCGACUACUUCCAGAACUUCCAGUUCGUCGAGUCGACGAUGCCGAACAAUAUUGUGUUGGUCCACGGCGAGAAGAACGAGAUGAGCCGGCUCAAGGGGAAGCUCGUCCAGGAGACGGGCAAGUGGCCGUCGGAGUCGCGGCCGACGGUGUCGUCGCCGGAGAACGGCCAGGCCGUGAACAUGCGCUUCGCCCGCGACCGGCGCGUGGCCUGCGUCGGCGCGCGGGAGGAGGACCCCUUCAAGCACAAGCGGCGCGCCGACGACGCGGACGCGGCCCCGGAGAAGCGGCGCGUCGUCAAGUCCGGGAUCUUGGUGUCCAAGGACCUGCGGUGCACGCUCUACGCCGACGACGAGCUCCGGGAGUCGUCGCCCCUGAGCGUGACGUCCCUGCGCCAGACGCUGCGGCUCCAGCUCGCGAGCGACGUCGGCGUCUUCCGGGCGUUGCUGGCGCAGACCUUCGCGGACGUCGAGGAAGCGGCGGCCGCGACCGGCGCGGAGGCGUCGCUCGACGUCGGCGGCUGCGUGCGCGUGGACGUCGUCCAGGCCGACGCGGCGCGGGAGCUCGUGCUGGCCUGGGACGCGAGCCCGCUGGGCGACGUCGUGGCCGACGCGGUCGUCUGCGUCGCGCUCCACUGCCAGUCGUCGCCCGCCGCGCUCCUCACGACGGGGCCCUGCUGCGUGCCCGACGCGUCCGCGGCCGACGACCCCCACGGCGCCAAAGACGCCGCGGCCUUCCUGAGGGCGGCGCUCGUGGACCACUUCGGCGACGAGCGCGUCGCGGACGCGCCGGCGGACGACGAGCCGGCGGAGGGCGAGGGCCGCGACCGGUCCGCGUCGAACCUCUCGGCGAGGUCCGACGCGAAGAUGGCCGCCGUCGCGGCCUUUGCCGUGACCCUCGACGACCUCGCCGCGACGUGCACGUUCCGCGCGGACGGGCCGAACUUCCGCGUCGACGUCGCGUCCGACGACGACCCGCUCCGCCGGCGCCUCCGGACGCUCCUCGAGCGCGCGCUCGACGCGACGCAGCCCAUCUCCACGAAGCCGCGGAAGGGGGGCACGAGGUCCGGGAACUUCUCCUGGCUGAACGGCUUGCCAAACGAGUACGCUAGUCCCUUCGACUGCGCCCAGCCGAAGCCGCCGGGCAUCGACUCGAAGGGCCCUCUCACGAUGGCCGCCAUCCUCGACACCACUCCUCCAAUAGCAUCCGCCACGACGCUGAAAGAGGCGCUCAUGCGCGCCGGCCCGGCUAUGACGUCGGCGAAAGCGGGCCUCAUGCCCGCGGACACGACGGUCCAGGUGCUGGCCCUCGAAACCCUCGAGAACGGGACGGAGCGCGCCCGCGUCUCCGGCGCCGGCAAGGAGGGCUGGCUGUCCCUGAAAUUCCUCUCCGCGCUCGCUCGCACGCCCGGCCCGCUCACAUUGACACGAGAAACGACGGCGCGCGGCGUGUCCUACCUCCGGGGCUUCCUCGGGACCGCGCUCGACAAAAACGCGCCGCUCGCCGUCGUCGUCCACGGCACGGGCUACAACGCCGGCGUCUGGAUCCCGGCAUUAGAAGAGUGGCACGACCUCGCGACGGAGCGCGGCGCCGGCUUCGAGGUCGCGGCGCUCGAGUGGACGGGCCACGGCCGGAGCCGCCGCUGCCCGGGAGAGGGCGCGAGCGAGACGCGCUACGACCUCGCGACGGUGGGCCGCGACGACGUGCUCGACGUGCUCGACGCGCUGCGGGGCCCCGACGCGGGCCGGCGCGCCUUCGCCGUGGCGCACUCCAUCGGCGCGCAGCUCUGUUUCCACGCGGAGCAGCAUCGGCCGGGCGCGUUCGCCGGGUUGUGCUGCUUCGAGCCCAUGGUCUACCCCGCGCCGCCGCCCGCGCCCCGGGACGCGAAAGGCCCGUCGCCCUUCAUCAAGACGACGCUCAAGCGGCGGAGCGCCUGGCCCUCGGACGCGGACGCGCGCGCGUACUUCAAAGGCACGGCGUUCGGCAAGGAGUGGGAGCCAAAGGUCCUCGAGAGCUACCUGGACCACGGGCUCAUCGAGCACGACGACGGCACCGUGUCCCUCGCCAUGGACCCGGAGACGGAGGCCUCCGUCUACCUCAACAGCGGCGCUUUCGGCGGGCCCGCCGCGUGGAAGCGCGUCGACGAAAUAGAAUGCGAGGUCCACGUCGCCGCGGGCGGCGCGUCGACGAUGUCGACGACCUUCGGGCCGCCGUCGAACGCGCGCCACGUCGCGACGAUGAAGAAGAUCGCCGAGGCCGUCGCCCGGGGGCUCGAGCCGCCGCUGCCGGACGUCUCCGGCAAGUACGACGGCCGCCUCCUCGUGCUCGACGACGCGAACCACAACAUCAUCCAGGAGGACGCGGAGUGGACCGCGACCUUCGUCGACGCGAGCCUCGCGCGCAUGUCCGAGAACCUCGACUCGUAA